AUGGUCGUGCAAUAUCUGACCAUGAGCCUCUCGAUGCACAUGGAGGACGCCUUGCUAACGGAUGCUAUCAUAUUGCAGGUCUUCGAGACAGCGAAGACUACCCAUUUAACAAUCCGCGACUUGGCCUUUGGCGUUUCAAAGGCCGCCCCGAUCAAGACGGCUCCCGUGGCCGAGAUCUUCGUUAGUGAUCAAGAUUUCAGCCUCCGAAACUACUUCCACAUCCACACGCUCGACCUCUUCUUCGGCGGUUUGCAUUACCAGACGCCCCCCGUCGCUUCCCACCCCCACCAGCUGCCGCAUAGGACGGGUUCUGAGCCUCUUCCUCUCGCCGAGGGAGAGUCGAGGAGGCCUCGUCAAGUCGCUGAGGGACCAGCUUGCUACCGUUUCCGACCCCCAUAA